AUGGCGAGCGAGCGGCAGACCCGGGAGCACAUCCGGCAUGCGUUUCGUGCGUUUGACAAGAGCGGGCGUGGGAGGCUGGGGCGAGACGGCGUCUGCCUGGCCAUGACGGCGGUCCUUGGCUAUGAGCCGUCGCGGGUCGACGUCGCUGUCGUCCUCGGCCUCCCGCUGGAUGCACCGGCUGGAGAGCUGCAGAGUGCGACGGUGAGCGAGGAUACCUUUGUGAGCUACAUGUCUGACAAGAUGGCGAGAAUGGAUGUCUCUGCUCGCGCCGCUGAUGCCUUUGACGCCCUGGCGUCUGCAUCGGGCCUUGGCUACCUGACCAAGGAGAACUGCCAGGCUGCGCUCGACGCGCUCGGUGUCUCCACCCUGCUGGAGCUUGUCACCGCCGAUGCACCGGGCUCGGCCGUCGGUGCUCCGUUCAUUUCGCUGGACGACGUCUUUGCCGAGGCUGAUCUCGACGACGACGGCCGGAUCACCCGCGCAGACUUUCUGCUCCUCGCCUCGCGGGCGGCAGCGCAGACCAUGUGAACCGCGCAACAGACGGCGAAGCCAGCUUGCCACUCCUCUCCUGCCACACGCUUACCUCUUUAUUCAUCCUUCCAGCUCUCGGCAGCGAGUGCGUCGGCGAGCAGGACGUAGACCGAGAGCGGAUACCGCCGGACAAACCGGAUGCGGAGCAGG